CUAUUUUUAUGCCGAAACUACAGCAGUGGGAGUGGAAGCGGGUCGAAAACUGAAUAAUAAAAACAGAGCGUCGAAGAUCAACGAACCGCGAUAACAUCAUGUAAACGAGGAUACCAUCGGUCGUCAUCUUCAAGAUGACUGUGCAGCUGCAGUCUGGUUGGGAAACCUAAAAGCCUUGUCGUGGUCCUCCCGUUGCUUUGAAAGAUCAUUCUGGUCGUUAUUUGCUGCUUCGUUUAUUUCUCUCCUCGCCCUAGUGGGCCGCCGCUGCUGAUGCGGUCUUGCGGGCCGAGGGAAUAUGAUCCGCUGAUUAUUUCCGGCUUGCAGAGGGGCGGGAGCAGCGCUGAUACCAGACGCAGUCGAACCACCACACCGUGAAAUACUAGCUUAACCCGCGGCGCACCGUCAUGUUCCACCCCGUCUAGUACAGGAAGCACGUCUCCGAGAUGACGCGUUCUCCGGUAACCCCUCCCGGCGCGGUUUCUGGUGCCAGCGAGGCGGUGCGGCAGCACAACGAAAAAUUGAUGAUGGCCAACAAGAAGUGCAAAACAGGCCUUUUCGGAGGUGUCUCGGUAGUUGCGAAAAAGUACUCUCCCGCGGUCGUGAUGGUAGUCGCCGUGGCGUACUACUACUUCUCUACCCUCAGUCAGCACCCAGACUCCUUGCCGGAGCACGAGGUAGUCGUUGUAGACCACGGAAAUAAAGUAGACAAUUCCACCGCGAUGAAUAAACCAAGCACAGACCCAUCAACUUCAACAACUCCGUUCGUAUUGCGAGAUGAAAACUACAAAAACCACACGACGAACGACACAGCUUUGAGGAAAAUGAUGGACAACAACAAAACCCGGAACACGACCACUCCCCUGGACGCUUACCUCCUCAGCAUUCUUGCCGAGCAGCAGAAGUACACAAACCUGUUCACCUGGCUGAAAACCGACUGCUAUCAUAGUGAAAAAAACCACCACAACCCCAUAUUCAAAAGACAUAAUUUGUGUUGCUGGUUUUGGGUACACAAAGGAACUUUGUAUUGCAGCAAGAUCUUGUCGGCAUAUUCAGUAAGCCCAUUUUUUGGGUACUACGCAUCCGGCUAGUGCAGCUGAGCAUGAGAAACAAGUCUGACCUUAGGCGAAAGCGCAUGACAGACUUGCUGCACACUGCGCCACAUGGGUGCAGCCGUUUGCGUUGUACGCAAGACAAAGUAGCGGAUUUGUCGUCACAAAUCAGCAACACAAAUUCUCUUUUCGAUAUGGGGAGGGGGGAUUUCUCCUUACGAUAACUGCAGCGCGGUCGGCUUGGACAACGUCAGAAUCGGAUACGCAACCUACUUAUCAAAUGCAAAUAUGUCUAGGUCUGGAAACCUGUGAUGCUGAUUUGCUGCUGGCUGCAACGCUUGCCAUCGCAGCCACGCAUAACAACUUUUUGAAACGCCUUCUGAUGAUCAUGUCCUGCCCGCAUUACAAAUUUUUGCGUUUUCGCAUGACAAAGGAAGCGGCGCUUCUGCUGCUCACGCAACACAGAUUUUCUAGGAAUUCAAGACACGCAUUACAAGUUCCACUCUUCCUGACCCAGACGUAUUUGCAGUUGAUACGAGACCGCUAGAAAAAAAGCUCCUAUGCGCGGACUUGUGGCUGCGAAAGAUUUGCGCGCCGGAGAGGACAUUGCCUGCAUUUCAAGGAUAUCAAAUGUAAAAAUGUCUGGGUCUGGAAGAAUGCAUGUUUGUCAUGCUUGUCUGGCAUGACUCUUGAAUAUGUCAUGCACGUUACCCAAGAGCUCUAUUUUUCUGUCAUGCAGAAACGCAGUUUGUCAUGCAGAAUAGGCAACACCUAGAAGCUCAGAAACUUGUCAUGCUGGGCCCGCACUUGUGGCCCCAUGUUGAUACGCCACUCAGCAUCACAAGUUUCCAGACCCAGACAUUUUUGCAUUUGAUAAAGGAAGUGCUGGCUCGGCCCGAUCAAUAUGCCGAAGCGGUACGAAUAUCAAAUGCAAAUGUGUCUGGGUCUGGAAGAUCUGUCAUGCUAGUCUGGCAUGACUGUCAACUCUGUAUUGCGUGCCCGCAUCAAAGAGCUCCUCUCACCUGUCAUGCAAAAAUGCAGUUAUUUCUCAUGCGGAGUACGCAACUCUGAACCACGGAAGAACUUGUCAUGCUGGGCAGUGCAUUACAGUGUGCUCACUAUUUCCUUCCUUGCAUCACAACUUUCCAGACCCAGACAUUUUUGCAGUUGAUAACGAAAUGUUGACGAAGAAGUACCCGGAGGAGUGUUCGACUCGGUCCCCGUUCUCCCUUUGGGUCGCAGAAGAAAUGGCCCAAAAGCGCGAAGCUUCGGCGUUUAAGCACUAUUUUCCGAUGCUGAUGUCCGCGGAAGACUACCUGCGCUAUCAACUGUAAAAGUGUCUGGGUCUGGAAGGUUGGAACUUGUGAUGCUCACUUUGGAUUCUAAAAAAAUCUGUAUUGCAUGACCAGCAAGUAGAGAGGUCUCGCUUCUGCUACGUGGGGAGGGCAUUUGUCUUCAUGCGGAGUAGGCAUCAGGAAGCUCUCGAAGAACCUGUGAUGCUAGGUCGUGCAUUACAGACAUCCCGGGGCAUGCAAAAUAUGCAUGACAAAUCUCAGAAUCUUCCAGACCCAGACAUUUUUACAUUUGAUAUGCGCAGCGGUCACCCCAUGUACUGGCUGGACGGUGCUGCGCGCGAACUCCGGAUCAAGCUGCAGCGGAGGAACAGCACGGAAUAUCCUGCCCAAAAAUCUCUCCACACCAUAGUCAAGUUGGUAAGAGAGUUGUGCAUGACAAGUUUCCAUCUGCAGUGUAGUGCUGGUUAGCUAGGGAAACCGCAUGACAAAGCCACUUUCUAAUCCUGUUUACAGCAUUACAAAUGACAAACACGAUUGGAAAUGCCUCUUUUGGAGAUGCGUAUUACAAAUGUUCCCGCCAUUGCGCAUUGGCAUGGCAACUCUGGGGUGGGGACGUUUUUGCUCAGGAUACGGAAGGAGGGAAAAUGGAAAAGCGUACACAACAAAACGCGGCAAAAACUACAACAAGCACCGGCAAAAAAAAUGAAGAAUAUCUAGUGCAAAUAUAUCUGGCUCUGGAAGACACUAACUUGUGAUGCUAAGUCUACACAAUGUAAAAAUCUGUGUUGCAUGACUGCCAGCAGUUGUCCACUUUUGACCAAGUUGCGAGGGAGUUUCUCAUGCAGAACCGGCACGGCAGAGAUGUCGCAGAAUCUGUCAUGCCAGGUCUUGCAUUCCAGACCUCAUGGGUCAUGGAAAAUCUGCAUAACAAGCUUCCACGCUUCCAGACCCAGACAUAUUUGCAUUUGAUAAAACAACGGAUGCAACGACGACUACAGCGGUGCAUCUUCUCUCCAGCGAGCAAGAAGACUCCGUCCGCCCCUGGAUGCCACCGCACAUAUCAACUUGAAAAGUCCCCCCUCCCCAUACUCAAGGGAAGAUUUAUUGUGUAGCAUGAUUUGUGAUCACAAAUCACGUUGUCAUGCUAGAAGGGAAGUAGAGAUGCGGAUUUUGUAGUGCUGGCUGGCGUAGGAAAGCCGUGCGCCUUGAGCACGACAGGAAGCUGCAACUGGAACCGGUAAACAGCAUAACAAAUUGCCUGCAAACGAGGUGGCCACAACUGCGUCUCUUGGCCUUCUAGCAAUACAAGUCGAUUUGUGUACUCAAAUACAGCAACACAAAUUUCGUUUUCGAUUUCGACGAGAGGGGAGAUUUUUCCUCACAAUAGCACAUACACCAGAGUUACUGGCUGGAGUACCGGAUCAAACCCUUGCGACGGUGCUACAGUAUCAACUGCAAAAAUGUCUGUGUCUGGAAACUUGUGAUGCAAGAACGGGAAUAGUGAACUCACUAUAACACGCUGCCAAGCAUGACAAGUGUUUUCCAUGGCUCUGAGUUGCGUACUCUGCAUGAGAAACUGCGGUUUUGCAUGACAGGGAGGAGGAGCUCUUCGCGGCCAUGCAACACAGAGUUCAGAGUCGUGCCAGACAAGCAUGACAAUUCUCGCAAUCUCCCAGACCACCCGGACAUUUUUGCAUUUGAUAUACAGGAAGUACCUGCAAGAAUACACCCAGGAAGACGGGCUUUUUUGGGGGGACGAGGUCAUCCCCAUCUCCGAGACCCAAAACUCGCGAGGAACAGGAGUAGAACUAUCAAAUGCAAAAAUGUCGGGGUCUGGAAACUUGUGAUGCUGGGUAGCGUCUCAUGAUGAGGCUACAGAUGCUGGCUCCGCAUGACAAGUUUCUGAGCUCUUAGGUGUUGCCUAUUCUGCAUGACAAACUGCGCUUCUGCAUCACAGAAAAACGCAGCUCUUGGGUAACGUGCAUGACAGAUUUAAGAAUCAUGCCAGACAAGCAUGACAAACAUGAAUUCUUCCAGACCCAGACAUAUUUACAUUUCAUAAGAACACACUUCGAACAACUACCCUCGGAUAUUCUAAGUAAAAACAUCCCCACCCCAGAGUUGUCAUGCAAAUCUGCAUGCCAAAAAAGUUUCUCAUACGAAGCCCCAUGAGAAGCUUUAUUUUCGAAUCGUGUUUUGAUGGGAUUUGUGAUGCUAGAAAUAGCAUGAUAUGAUAGAACUGUGAUGCUGCUGAACUAGCUAAACAGGAUUACACUACGAGGACGAACUUGUCAUGCGAAACAACCAAAGUUGGCUGAUUUGUUUAGCAGAUUUCCCAUCUUGACUCUGGUAUGGGGGCCCUUUUACUCAGGAUACCGGAGACGGCCAGUGCCGCCAGAUCUGGCUGAGUACGCGCUUCUCCUGCUCGAGAAUCGAGCAUUCCUGCCGGAUCAGGCAGGUCUUGAGCCGCUGCUGGUAUGCAUUGCAAAUAUGUCUAGGUCUGCAUUUGUGAUGCGAAUUUUGAAGGACAACGAAAUCUGUGAUGCAUGAAAAUGCUAUGAGCCAGUUUUUUUGUCAUGCUGUGACAUCACCCAGGUGUUUGUUGUCAUGCUAAACACACCAGAACUUGCACACAGCCGAGGAGCAGUUUUCAUGCUGUUCUGCCGUACAAGGGAUGAAGCCUCUGGCAUGCAGAUGCAAGGACCACCAUGACAAAUUGCGUGUGUAAUGCAUCUUUCGAGAGGAAGAUCCAGACAUGUUUGCAAUGCAUAGCUGGACAUGACGAACAACGCGCCACGGAAGGAACUAUCAAAUGCAUAAAAUGUCUGGGUCUGGAAGAAUUCAACUUGUGAUGCUGAAUUUGGAUUCCAAAGAAAUCUGUAUUGCAUGAGCAGCAAAGGGAGCGUAAUGCUUGCUACGCGGGGAGGGCAUUUGUCAUGCGGAUUAGGCAUCAAGAAGCCCUCGAAAGAUCUGUGAUGCUAGGGCAUGCAUCACAGACAUCAUGGCUCAUGCAAAAUGUGCAUGACAAGUCUCAGAACCUUCCAGACCCAGACAUUUUUUCAUUUGAUAGGAACUAAACGCUAUCAAAUGCAAAUAUGUCUAGGUCAACUGGAAGGCUGCGAAAUUUUCAUGCAGAAUUUCCAUGCCCUAUCAGGUCUUGAAUGCAGGACCUCCUAGCAUGACAGAUUCUGCGACAUCUCUAUCAUGCCUGUCCUGCGUGAGAAACUCCCUCUCACGGUGGUCAGAAAAGGGCAACUUUUGGUGAUCACACAAGACAGGUCUUUUAGAUCCACCGGACGCAUCACAAGUUGCGUCCUUCCAGAGGACCCAGACACGUAUUUGCAUUUGAUAAACGCCUUGUACUACCAGAAGGUGCAUCGCCACGACACCGUGCGUAUCAAAUGCAAAAAUGUCUGGGUCUGGAAGAUUUCUAGAUUUGUCAUGCAUAUUUUCCAUGAUCCAUGUCGUCUGGAAUGCAGGACCUAGCAUGACAGAUUCUGCCAGAUGCCUAUCAUGCCUACCCUGCAUGAGAAAUUUCAUCCUAACUUGGUCAAAAGUGGACAGCUUUUGGUAAUCAUGCAACACAGAUUUUUACAUGAUUCGGAUUUACCAUGACAAGUUGCCACCUUCUAGACCCAGACAUUUUUGCAUUUGAUAGUGCGGAGCAUUGCGGCGCGCCUGGACAAGCGGAAAGCGCUUGCAAUACAGCGUGCCAAAGUUCUAAUAUGCAUUCUCGCAAGACGAGUACCGUACUCGUAGUACUAAUGGUAGUCAUGCAUUACGAGUCUAGUUGUUGAGGGCAAGAAUCCGCAUUACAAAUUCCGUUUCUCAUCAUACCGGGAAAAUUUGUGAUGCGAUGUCACUACUAGUACGAUAUGUUUGCAAUCCAUAGCUAAAGAACAGCACCAACGCAUCCACCACCGCGGAGCUGAACAAGACUAUCCUAUAGGAAAAACGUACUCGAACCAGAGUUGUCAUGCACAUUUGCAAUUGCAGGAACACUUGUGAUGCGCAUCCCCAACAGAGGUAUUUUCAAGGAUCGCGUUUUUCGAUUUUGUAAUGCUGCAAACAGGAUGGGAAGUAGGUCGCUGUGUGACGCGGCUGUCCUUCUCCUUGCAGCUAAACUGCAUUACAAUACAGAGAAAAACUUCUCAUGCGUAACCACCAAAACUUCCAGGUUUGUCUUGCAAAAUCCCCAUCUUAACUCUGGGAUGGGGACGAUGUUUUUCCUCCGAAUGAAGACCAUCUUUGAACUAGCCGCGCGCGAAUUGGUCAAGGCUGUCAAGCCGGAGAACAGCCGGUGGAGCUGUUUGGUCGCCAAAAGGAACCUGACCAAGGGUGAAGCGAUUCUGACCAGCUAUCAAAUGCAAAAAUGUCUGGGUCUGGAACAAAGCAACUUGUCAUGCUAAAUCUGAAUCAUGUAAAAAUCUGUGUUGCAUGAUUACCAAAAGCUGUCCACUUUUGACCUAAAAAUCGAGAGGCAGUUUCUAAUGCAGGAUAGGCAUGAUAGAACUGUCACAGAAUCUGUCAUGCUAUGUCCUCCAUAUCAGAUCCCAUGGGUCAUGGAAAACCUGCAUGACAAGUCUAGCAUUCUUCCAGACCCAGACAUUUUUACAAUCCAUACCAGCUACGGCAUCGCGAAAAAAGGACCGUGGCGGGCGAUGCAGCAGUACGGGUUUUCUUACCCCGACCCGGAAGAAUAUGACGAGAACGUACGAAUUCCACCGAACAUAACGGCGGUCCUGUAUGAAAUGCAAAUACAUGAUCUGGACGUCUGGAGGAAACUUGUGAUGCUAAAGUGUGGAUAGUGGGAACACUUCCGAAUGGGAAUGCAGCCACACAUGACAACUUUCCAGCAGGCUUUCUCAUGCGCAGCCCGCAUGAGAAGCUGCGUUUUUGUAUGACAAAAGAUGCUGCACCGCUUGUAAACGGCCCGAAAACAACCGGCGCCCCCACCUUCGCUUUGCUCGGGAAAACGGUCCCGGGCCGAAAUCUGUACACCGAGCGGACGGCGCAGGUUUUUGCUCGGCAAAACGCCCCAAAACAACCGGCGCCCCCACCUUCGCUUUGCUCGGGAAAACGGUCCCGGGCCGAAAUCUUUACACCGAGCGGACGGCGCAGGUUUUUGCUCGGCAAAACGCCCCAAAACAACCGGCGCCCCCACCUUCGCUUUGCUCGGGAAAACGGUCCCGGGCCGAAAUCUUUACACCGAGCGGACGGCGCAGGUUUUUGCUCGGCAAAACGCCCCAAAACAACCGGCGCCCCCACCUUCGCUUUGCUCGGGAAAACGGUCCCGGGCCGAAAUCUUUACACCGAGCGGACGGCGCAGGUUUUUGCUCGGCAAAACGCCCCAAAACAACCGGCGCCCCCACCUUCGCUUUGCUCGGGAAAACGGUCCCGGGCCGAAAUCUUUACACCGAGCGGACGGCGCAGGUUUUUGCUCGGCAAAACGCCCCAAAACAACCGGCGCCCCCACCUUCGCUUUGCUCGGGAAAACGGUCCCGGGCCGAAAUCUUUACACCGAGCGGACGGCGCAGGUUUUUGCUCGGCAAAACGCCCCAAAACAACCGGCGCCCCCACCUUCGCUUUGCUCGGGAAAACGGUCCCGGGCCGAAAUCUUUACACCGAGCGGACGGCGCAGGUUUUUGCUCGGCAAAACGCCCCAAAACAACCGGCGCCCCCACCUUCGCUUUGCUCGGGAAAACGGUCCCGGGCCGAAAUCUUUACACCGAGCGGACGGCGCAGGUUUUUGCUCGGCAAAACGCCCCAAAACAACCGGCGCCCCCACCUUCGCUUUGCUCGGGAAAACGGUCCCGGGCCGAAAUCUUUACACCGAGCGGACGGCGCAGGUUUUUGCUCGGCAAAACGCCCCAAAACAACCGGCGCCCCCACCUUCGCUUUGCUCGGGAAAACGGUCCCGGGCCGAAAUCUUUACACCGAGCGGACGGCGCAGGUUUUUGCUCGGCAAAACGCCCCAAAACAACCGGCGCCCCCACCUUCGCUUUGCUCGGGAAAACGGUCCCGGGCCGAAAUCUUUACACCGAGCGGACGGCGCAGGUUUUUGCUCGGCAAAACGCUUCAAAACAACCGGCGCCCCCACCUUCGCUUUGCUCGGGCAAACGGUUCCGGGCCGAAAUCUUUACACCGAGCAGACGGCGCAGGUUUUUGCCCGGCAAAACGCCCCAAAACAACCGGCGCCCCCACCUUCGCUUUGCUCGGGAAAACGGUCCCGGGCCGAUAUCUGUACACCGAGCGGACUGCGCAGGAUUUUGCUCGGCAAAACGCCCCAAAACAACCGGCGCGCCCACCUUCGCUGUGCUCGGGAAAACGGUCCCGGGCCGAAAUCUGUAUACCGACCGGACGGCGCAGGUUUUUGCUCGGCAAAAGGUUGGCCAUGAUGCAAUACAGAUUGCACAGGAGUGGGCGACCAGCGUUGCAGGUUCUAUACUAUUUGCAAUGCAUAUCCUGUGCGCGAAUUUGACGGAGCUCCUGAACUAUGGAUUGCAAAAGUGUCUGGGCCUGGAAGAGUGGAACUUGUAAUGCUGUCUAUGGAUACUAAUAUCUGUGUUGCCUGAGCAGCGAGAAGAGUCAGUUCCUGGCACGAGGAGCGGGCAUUUCUCAUGCGUAAUUAGCAUCAAGAAGCUCUCACAAAAUCUGUGAUGCUAGCACCAGCAUCACAGACCUCACGGGUCAUGCAAAAUCUGCAUGACAAGCCCCGACUCUUCCAGACCCGGACAUAUUUGCAAUUGAUAUGAACUUGCCCGAGAACGCGACACUUUUCCGCGACAACCCAGUGGCAAACACCUACCGCGGCUUCGCAGCCAGCUGGUGCCGGAACAUCACCAGUGCUGCUGGCGCCGACUGGGGCAGGCAGGGCGACGCGCUCGACUAUGACCUGCUCAAACGUUACAAUACCAAACGUUACGAUAGAAUCUCAAUCUGUAUUUUGUAUUGCAUGACAGACUCGGACAGCAUUCCACAUUCUGCAAUACAAAUUGCGCCAGAUUCUAGGGCGGUUUCGGGCUCCGGAACUUGUCAUGCGCAAUCCUGUGGGGGUCGGUUAGAUCAUGCACUUCCUGCAUCACAGAUUUCCACAUUCUAUUGUAACGUUUGAGAUUUUAGCACCUGAGCAGGUUAUAUCGACAGCGCCGGUUUUUUCAACGCAACCGUGAGUACGGGGGCAGCGACCGAGGUAACACCCGCAGACGACAGCAUAAACGAGGCUCUCGAGCAGCAUGUUCUGCCGCUGGAGGAGAAGCCAAACGCGGCAAGCACCAGCGGCUCUGUUUGAGCGCUGACAAUAUUCGGCCAGAUGAAGGAAAAACUUUCGAUGUUGGUUUUUUUUGCAAAAAAGUUGGAAACAAAUUCUCAAAGAAUGCUUGAAGUUCACUUUUUUCCGCAUAUCACGACUGGCAUUUCUGUACGUCUAUUUUCAACUGCCAUUUCUUUACGUCUAUUUUCAACCUGCGACAAAACGAUAAAAGGAAGAACAACUAUCGCACAACUAGGCUGAGGCAUUUACAGAUAAUUUCACUUGCGAAACGAGUAAAGAGAGGAACCAAUAAACCUCGAAUGGGCAGUGUGUCGGGAUAUGGCUUGACGCGAAAUCCAUUUCCCAUACCACACAUCUCAAAAGCAAACAAGGGGAACCCAAAUUUGAAUCUGACCCGGAGGGCAGGGCUGAGCAGAAUAUAAACCCAGGAAAUGCCGCAGCCCUGAAUGUGAUGCAGCGCGUCGGGAGACAUCUACGGAUGUUAGC